CAUCAGUCUACUGAGGUUUAAUCAUGAAGGCUUUUAUUGUUUUGGUUGCUCUGGCCGCUUUUGCCGCCCCCGCUUUCGGUCGCACCAUGGACCGUUGCUCCCUGGCCCGCGAGAUGUCCGACUUGGGCGUUCCUCGUGACCAGCUCAACAAAUGGACGUGCAUUGCCGAGCACGAGAGCUCCUUCCGCACCGGUGUGGUCGGUCCCGAGAACUCGGACGGCUCCAACGACUACGGCAUCUUCCAGAUCAACGACUUGUACUGGUGCCAGCCUCCCAACGGUCGCUUCUCCUACAACGAGUGCGCCUUGAGCUGCAACGCCCUGUUGACUGAUGACAUCAACAACUCCGUCCGCUGCGCCCAGAAGGUGCUCAGCCAGCAGGGCUGGUCCGCCUGGUCCACCUGGCACUACUGUGACGGUGCUCUGCCCUCCAUCGAUGACUGCUUCUAAACUGGAUAUUGAUUUUUUUUUUAAAUAAAAACGUUAAAAUUAUGAAAAGCUAAAAA